AUGCAGCAUAGGCUCAUCCAUACCUCUACGUUGCAUAAUACCCACAAUGUUUUCUGCCGCCACCGAACGUUUAGUAACAACGUUUCCAUCGAUGCACGCUAUCGAUCGGGUGCCUCAUGGCUACUGAACACAAUUGGACUUCUGGUACCAACACUCGGAGCAAUGCUGACCAACGACCCUUGGUUCUACCUUCUACUUCGCUGGGAUAUGUCAUCGGAACAAGACAACAAGCGAGAAUAUGACGUUCAGGUUAUUGUGGAGGGUCACUGUUAUACUUCGGUGUUAACAGUUCCUGGAAUUGGACUCAAUUUAUUUCGUGUCGACGCCAAAGCGUAG